UGGCGGGAGCCGGGCGGAAGUGGCUGGGCGGAGCGCGGGGCGAUGGGGGGCGGCGGCGGCGGCCGGCGAUGAGCGGCGGGAGCGCGUGAGCUGCCGGCGGGCGAGGCUGGGGGCCCGGGAGAGCGAGCCGCAGGGCGGAGGGCGGGCGCGAGCGCGGCGGGCGGCGGCGGCGGCCGAGGCGCGGCGGCGGCGGCGGCGGCGGCCGAGAAGAUGGCGGACGGCGACAGCGGCAGCGAACGCGGCGGCGGCGGCGGGCCCGGCGGCUUCCAGCCUGCGGCCCGCGGCGGCGAGCAGGAGACCCAGGAGCUGGCCUCAAAGCGGCUGGACAUCCAGAACAAGCGCUUCUACUUGGACGUGAAGCAGAACGCCAAGGGCCGCUUCCUCAAGAUCGCCGAGGUGGGCGCGGGAGGCUCCAAGAGCCGCCUCACGCUGUCUAUGGCGGUGGCCGCCGAGUUCCGCGACUACCUGGGCGACUUCAUCGAGCACUACGCGCAGCUGGGUCCCAGCAGCCCCGAGCAGGUGGCGGCGGCGGCGGCGGGCGCCGAGGAGGGCGGCGGACCGCGGCGCGCGCUCAAGAGCGAGUUCCUGGUGCGCGAGAACCGCAAGUACUACCUGGACCUCAAGGAGAACCAGCGCGGCCGCUUCCUGCGCAUCCGCCAGACGGUCAACCGCGGCGGCGGCGGCCCCGGGCCUGGCGGCCUGCAGAGCGGCCAGACCAUCGCGCUGCCCGCGCAGGGCCUCAUCGAGUUCCGGGACGCGCUGGCCAAGCUCAUCGACGACUACGGCGGCGACGACGACGAGCUGGCGGGCGGCGCGGGCGGCGGCGCGGGGGGUCCGGGCGGCGGCCUGUACGGCGAGCUCCCGGAGGGCACCUCCAUCACGGUGGACUCCAAGCGCUUCUUCUUCGACGUGGGCUGCAACAAGUACGGCGUGUUCCUGCGUGUGAGCGAGGUGAAGCCGUCCUACCGCAACGCCAUCACCGUCCCCUUCAAGGCUUGGGGCAAGUUCGGGGGCGCCUUUUGCCGGUAUGCGGACGAGAUGAAGGAGAUCCAGGAGCGGCAGCGGGACAAGCUGUACGAGCGACGCGGCGGGGACGAGUCCGAGGGCGAGGAGGUGGACGAGGACUGACGCGAAGCGGGCUUCCUCCCCGAUGGGCCCCCCCGCCCCACCACCGUCCCCUUGGCCGGAGAGCCCCUUUCCCGCUCAUCCCCAGGGAGCCAGUGGAGGCGGAGCCAGGGGGGGGCCCCAUCGGGAGAACACACAAUGAAAAAUAAUACAGUUAAUUAAGAGAAAUAACCACAAAAGAACAGUCGCGAACAAUUAAAAGCGGCAAAGUUCCAAGGAGCUGACAGCAAUCUGCAAAAAGAGGACAACCUGAGCAAAAUCGUUUCGGCUUCUGUUGUUUCCAGCUGAGGUUUCUGAACUCGCCAGGGUAGCCCUGGCGGGGUCAGAGCUUCACGUGCCCAGGCCGUUGAUGACAGCUGAAUUGGUGUCACGCCUGGGUGUCCUGGCCUGACCAUCUCUCCAGACCUCACUGUCAUGGUGUCAAUCCCUUCACAUUCACUGAAAUCAGCAUAUUGGAUCUGGGUCUUCAUGGAAUUCUUGAGAAGGGAGAGGCCUUUAUCCGAUUCUGAGAGUACAGGUUUCACGCAAAGGAACGCGGCUCCAAAUAAUCAUGGACAGGGCAAAAGAGCAAAUCAGGAAGCCACCAGGGAAUGUAGAAACCCGUUGGGUUCUGUCUAAAAUGGCUUUGCGUGGAACCUGGACCAGUGGCUGUCUCUUUGCGGAAUUGUUUUUCUGGAUGCAGAUGGAGUCAGACGUCAGUCCUUCAACUAGAAUCUGUUACUAAAGGAUUUUAAAAGUUGGCAGAAUUUCUCCAAAGAUCAGAGCAGUUUUACACUGGGGAUUGCUGAGGCAGACGCAGGAAGAAAUCUGGCAUCAAGCACAAGGAGGACGGAGUGGAUGGGCUGCCGCUCACUUUAGUCCACUCCAGGUCUGCAGACACCGAGGUCCUUACCCAGAGAUGGUUUAGGGGUGAAUGAGAGCCAGGUGCCCAUGGCUGCACCGUGCGAGGCCAGCGAAUUAUGGCGACUUCGGCUGUUUGGGCCACUGGUUGGCUGGAUUUUAAACCAUAAAACUUGAAGAUCCCUGCAAAAGAAACCGUGUGGCCACGAGCCUGAGCUUUAAUGGAAUGUACGUCCUCCCGGGAAAGUUGGGGAUAACCAAAACUGAAGUCUUCAUCUACCUUCAGUUGAAUCUGUGGAUUUGCUCAAACACUAAAGAUCCUCAGGUCCAGAAUUCCAGCAUCAUCUAUUCUUUUAAAGUAGAUUUGUAAGAACUUGAUCCAUUGUUUCAGUACCUCACAGUCGAAGUUGGCAAAUGAUGGAUGAGUGAUUCGAGCCGUGUGCCCUUCGGAAGCUGAAAUCCAUCUGCAUGGGGAUGAAGAACGUGAAAACGCUAUGUCCUGGAAGCGUUUUUAUACCAUCUUGAAAUUUCCACAAACUGGCGCUUGGCCAGUUGACCCAGCUGUUUUCCAAGAAUAAAAGUUGGGGUUUUCAAGGAUCGCCUCUUCUAUAUUUUAAAUGGAUUUUCAGUAAAAAUGAUUUUUACUAAUCAAGUUAAUCCCACCCCAUCAAAAGGUAUUCCUAGAAGUGUCACAGACCUAGGUGACUUUGAAUUGAACGGGAGCUAACGUUCUUUCCAAAGUUUGUAGGUCUUCCUGUGCGACACCUUCUCAACCGGGAGGCAGGUAACCCCCACCUCCAUGAUCUUAGUAUUUUUUUUUUUAACUGCAUGCCUGCCCUUUAUUUGAGCUGCCUUUUAAUUUAUUGCGUACCCUUUUUAUUAUCUUAUUUUGGUAUUAUUCAAUCUAUACAAUCUUUUUGUAUUUAUUGGGAAAUAAGUGAUCUACAGAAAGGUCGUUUUCACGCAUUGUGGCCGAGAGGGAGAGCAAGAACUGUACAUAAAAUUAGGCUUUUUUAAAAAUUAGACUGAUUCAGAAUACUGUCGAUCUUAGAUUUUUUUUUUUUAAAGUGGAAGAGCCACAAACAAUGGUGCCCUUUUCAGACUAUUUCUCUACUCUCAUCAUCCACAGUAGACUUUUUAAACAGAUUUUUUUUAAAGCUUUUCCUUUUUUUAAAAAAAACUUUCUCCGUUGCAAAGAAUGUUUCCUAAAUUGUAUGGGAGCAAUAGUAUUUUUGAUGUUUUAAUGACAUCCGUAUACUUGUACUGUAUUUUGUACUACAAGGCAGCUGUUUUCAAUAAUGUCCUGCUGUAUUUACCUAUGUGUUUUGAGUGUUUAUUUCUUUGCUGCGGAGAACAAAUCCCUGCAUAGUUUUGGUAAGGGCGCCGAGAAGCUGGCAUGAGGUUUGCAGAAACUGUUUUGGUUUCAGACUUCAAGGCAGCGAUGGAAAGUAAGGUUGCAGCUCUCAGUUCAUUGCUGUGACUUUUUCCUUUUCAAACCAUGUACGAUUCCCAUGCAGACCGACGCGUCUGCUCGCUUCCGCGAGGGUUCCCGUCGCCCAGCUGCAGUGAGCCAGUUCAGUUCUGCAAGGGUGCAGCGCCUCUCCUUUCUAAGGGGCGGGUUGUCUUUUCUUUUCGUUCGGCUGAAUUGCAGUCCUAGCCUUGCCUUUCUAUUCUGUAGAAACGACAGGGUCUUCGCAGUCCUUCACCAGUGGCUACUAAGCUAUAAUUAGCUGAAUAGAAAGAAUGUGGAAGUGGUCUGAGGCAUAUAGACUAUAUGCCAGGAGCACUACCAUAUACGGCAUCAGCUUUGGUUACCAGAGAAAUUUUCUUAGUCAUUAGACCAUGUAACAGUAAUAUAUCAUAUGUAAAUCUUUAGAUAUCAAUUUGAGAAUCCUCCAAAAACAGGAGCAAAGAAUGCAUAAGCUAUGUGUUGGAAAAAGUAAUUUAUAUUAAAAUUUUGACCUGCCUAUGUAAGAUUAAGUGGUAAACGUCAUAGUGGUGGGUUUUUAAGUCUUAGCCGAUCUCAGAGGUUGGUUCCUCCUGCGGGGGUGGCUCGGGGCCUCCCUCCUCCCUGCAGGAAGGUUACAGGAGGGCGUUGAUUAGCUGUGGCGUUUCACCGACCCUCAUUCCGCUCACUGAUCUGGGGCAGUAGAAAGCCGAGAAGCACGGAGGCCAUUCCUUUGAUGUGCGGUGGGUCCGAAAAGGCCGUGUUUUGGAACUCGUUCAUAAACCGUGCUCAUUAAGGAAAAUCUUGGUUGAUUCUGGCCACCACAUGGCCUUACAGAUGGGGAGACACCCACUUUUUUUUAUCUUGUGUUUCGUCGUCUCCUACGAACAGUGAUUUUUAGGGCUCAUUCUUUUUAACUUUGGCAAACAUCCCAGCAAAUCACAUGUUCCAAAUAGUCCUGUUUCUGAGAAGCAGGGAACUAAAAUCCCCUUUCAGACAAUUGCUAAAUCGUUUCUCAAACUACUGCCGUUAGAAACGCGAGAAGUCAAAUUUUAGGCACAGGAUCAAGAGAGCAAAAGUCUAUGACGAGAUCCUACGACUCCCUUUUGGUUUCUAUCGUCCCUGCUGUCAUUUCAAGCAGGACGGCCAUCCUCGGCAGCACAGAAAGGCACCCGUGCAUGCACUCUGCCCAGGGCGCAAUGUCCAUCGGCACAGCACCCCAGAUCCAAGUGGAAACCAAACGGAAAACCCAGACACCCUAUGUUGCUGCGGGAGGCAUGUAGAUGGUAUAAGGGACUGUGGCCGCGGCGCACACGCGGCCACCUGUCAAGUCACUUUCCAUAACUUUACUGCAAAACGAUGGAGAAGCUUCGGGUGCGGGCAGCCUGUCGCCUCCCGCCGCCUCUGUUCCCUCCGUCGUUCUGCGGUAGACGCAGGUCUUUUAAGAGACGCGAGCUUCAGUUUUCUCAAAACAAAACAAUUCUCCUGUCUUAUCCGAAAAUGCAGGGUUGUGGGCAAAAGAGGCUGGUUAUAAUAAUGCCCUCAUAUUGAGUGGUGUGAAAACGGCUGCACACUGCAGGCACCGUGGUUGCCGAGGACACUUUGUUACGCGUGACCUUGACUGGCUCUACUGGAGGGUAGUGACCCACGCAAGGUGUGGCAAGGUAACCAAUCGUUGGCGUCUGCCUUGCUGUGAGGUGGAUGAGCUGGAGGAGAAGCUUGAGUGUGUAAGCCGUGCACAUGAGUAUUCUUCACUGUAAAUUGUGUUUUCAUUUUUAACCCAGUUGACGGUACUUUGUCCAAUGUACAACUGAUCUCUCAGUAGAUAUUCAUUUGCAAAUAGCGUGGCCUUGAUCAGUGAGAGGGAAGGGGAGAAGUGACUCUGCGUGCGGGCAGGUAGUCCCUUUACCAGGGGGCCGCCUGCAACACGCUUAGUGGCGAAUGCGCUUGCGGUUCGUCUCCUUUCUGACUGGGGAAAGUUCAUGGUUUUGACCCUGGAGGUAUGAAUUCAAUUGAGUUGUCUUCUAUUUUUAGGAAGUAUCAGAAUUGCGCUGAUAAGUAACAAAGUUGACUGCUUUGGUGUCCAAUCUCAGGUUUUAGAAUAUAUAUAGUGGUGUGAAAACCCCACUGUUAACUCUUAAAGCAAUUUUAAUUUAAUACACCCUAAGAGUCCCACGCACGAGGCCUGCUCAGAGAGUAAGACCUCACCCGUUUCGCUCCUGUUCCACUUUGUACUUCACUUGAGAAAGUGUCGAUGAUUUACAUUGUAUAUUUCCAUUGGAACCCCGACAUAUUUCUCAAAGCUAAAGCACUUUUUGAUAAUGAGAUACAUGGGAUCUUUGUGUGAUGUGGGUCACAGUUUCUCAGGCUCCCUUAGAUAAUCUGCUUAUGAAUAUUGUUCUGUGUAAGAAGAGUGAAAAUCUUAGCUGAUGUUAGAAAGUUUGUAUUCUUGAUCCAGAAUGCGUUUUGCUAGCUUCCAAUGCGCGGGAGAGUAGACAAUGCUGCGUUCACGAGGUAAUACGUUACUUUCCCUUAAGCCUUAAGGUAACUUUUUGUUUUUUUUCCUGUCAACAACAGCACUGAAGUUCUAGUAAGUGAAUGAGAUGAUCAGUUUCCAGGGUUGCUUUUAGAGUACUGUAAAUCAGCUAGCUGUCUUCCUAAACAGUUACCAUCCCCCUUCAGUAAACUGGAUGGUGGGCGUGUGGGUGGGCUGGGGAGAUCGUUUGUAGAAAAAAGAAAAGAAAAAAAGAACCACGUUUACCUUAAGAAAAAUACAGACACAAAGUUAAAACCGUGCAUGUCAGGGCCCUGUGUGAAAUUCCAGACAUACGUCAUGUCCCCGGUUGUUAAUCCAGAAAAGCAAACUCCUUGAUUUUCAAGUCUGUGCCCAUAAGUUUCCAGAAUUCAAGCUCGGGAACGGGGAACAGUGGGCUCCCUUCCUGUAUCUCCGUUCACUCAAGUCACUGUUCCCAGCUCUUGGGCUUAAAACGUUUUCAUUACUGUUAUUUUGCUAACUGUGGUCCAGUUGUCAGUAUGGAAAUUGGACUUGGGGAAAACGAAAAAAACAA